GCGGAUAGAAAGAAGCAGCCCGAGCGAGCACCGUCGCUCAGCUGUAAGCGAGGAGCGCCGAUGGAGCUCCAGCUACGCUGAACACUCACAAUAAACAGUCAUUAUUAUUUUUUUUAUUAAUAAUAAUUAACAAUACUAGUCACAAUCAUAAACGUGGAUGUUGGAUCCCCCUGGGAACCUGCGAGCUUCUUUUUGAGCAUGAUGAUGCUGAAGUGAGCUGCCGGUCUUGUGGAACGCAGAGUCCAGCGACGGAGGCGGUAAACAUCUGGGAUGCUCUGGUUCGUCGAGAACUCCCAAGCAGAUUACCGAGGUAAAUGUCAUUUCUCCAUUAGGCAGAAAGGGAUGCAAAGGGGAAGACCGUUGGAGAAACACUAAAAUUAGACCAUUCGACAAUGUUUUCAUUUAAGACAAAAAGCACAAACCAAUCCAAGAUGGUGAAUUCUUCACAAGUUCACCGUCUGCAAAUUUAAAUGAACGGGACUCCCUCCAUGACGAGGCGACGGCUGAACGGACUCCCUCUGGUCCUGAAAACAAGUUUGCGCCAGCCGAAUUAAAACAACAGCGACGCUGCCUUCUCUUUUUUUUUUUUAUUUUGUUCCCAAGACAUGAUUCGGAGGGAGGCACCAAUGGCCAGCAGGUGGGGUAUGGUUAGCAGUGCCCUGCUUUGGUCUGCAGCCAUUGUUUAUUUGACCCAUGUGGGUCAAGUCGGCGGAGACUGCUGGUUAAUCGAGGGCGAAAAGGGCUUUGUGUGGCUGGCGAUCUGUAGCCAAAAUCAACCACCUUACGAGGCCAUCCCGCAGCACAUCAACAGCACCAUUGUGGACCUUCGUAUGAAUGAAAACAAGCUUAAAAGUAUUCAGUACUCUGCCCUCAGUCGCUUUGCCAACCUGACCUACCUGAACCUGACCAAGAAUGAAAUAUCCUACAUAGAGGACGGGGCCUUUUCCGCUCAAUUUAACUUACAAGUUCUUCAAAUGGGCUUCAACAAGUUACGCAACCUAACAGAGGGGAUCCUCAGGGGUCUUGGAAAGCUGCAGUACCUCUACCUCCAGGCAAACCUGAUUGAGACUGUGACACCCAAUGCCUUUUGGGAAUGCCCCAACAUCGAGAACAUUGACUUGUCCAUGAACCGAAUCCAGCAGUUGGACGGCUCCACGUUCACUAGUCUGACUAAGCUAACCACCUGCGAGCUGUACACAAAUCCUUUCAACUGCUCCUGUGAACUGCUUGGUUUUGUCAAGUGGCUCUCGGUUUUCCCCAACAGGACAAACGAGCGGAUGGUCUGCGACUCCCCGAGUGGCGUGUCUGGUUACAGUCUUCUGAGUCAGAACCCAAACAACCCCACGUAUCGAAAUGCUCUUCACAUGCUCACUACUGUGUGCACCGAUGACUACGUCACACCAUUUUUUCCAUUGCCAUUGGAGCCCACAACACCCCCACCAGACUUCACCCUUUGUGGCCUAGAGGAUUGUCCAUCAGGGACAGAGCCAGAGGACGUCAUUACCCACAACAUCAGUACAACCAUCAAUGAAGUGGAAGCAAACCCGCUAAUGAAACUGAAGCAAGUGUCCAAUACAGGCGCCAGCAUCACGGUUCAGAUUCCUCAUCCUUACAAAAAGAUGUACAUCCUAGUUCUGUACAACAACAGCUUUUUUACGCUUAUCCAAACCCUUAAAGAAAUCAAGGAGGACAUUGAGCUUAAGAACCUCAAACCUCACACAAACUACACAUAUUGCGUUGCUUCCCUUCGCAACUCCCUGAAGCGCAACCACACUUGUCUGACCAUCACCACCGGACCCUGGAAGGGGAAAUCGAAGGACACAAACAACGCAACUGCCACUCAUUACAUCAUGACCAUCUUGGGCUGCCUUUUCAGCAUGGUCAUCUUUCUUGGGGUGGUUUAUUACUGCUUGCGACGGAAGCGCCAGCAAGACGAAAAGCACAAAAAGGCAGGGAGCCUGAAGAAAAACAUAAUGGAACUGAAAUAUGGACAAGAACUGGAGGGUGGGACAAUUUCUCGCAUGUCCCAGAAACAGCUGCUGACUGGGGAGAGCAUGGCGCGUAUGCCCUACCUACCGCCUGCAAGUGAAAUGGAUCAGUACAAAUUUAAAGAAAUAAGCGAUACUCCUAAAAUGAUGAAGGGAAGUUACAUGGAGGUGCGAAGUCUGGACCACCAUGAACGCAGGGAGUGUGACAUGGGAAUAGCAGGGAACAGCCAGGGCUCCGUGGCUGAGAUUUCUACCAUUGCAAAGGAGGUUGAUAAAGUCAAUCAGAUCAUUAACAACUGUAUCGACGCUCUCAAGACAGACUCCACUUCUUAUCAAGGGGUAAGAUCUGGAGCAGUGUCCAAUGCAGAGCCCCAGUUGGUGCUCAUAUCGGAGCAGCCACAGAAUACAUCAGGCCUCCUGUCCCCUCCGUACAAGGACAGUUACCACCAUUCCCUGCAGAGACAUCGGUCCUCUGACGUCUCGCCAAAAAGGCCCAGCACCGCCUCAGGAAUGCGAAGCCCCCGGCCUUACCGUACUGAAUCCAGAUACAUUGAGAAAACCUCCCCAACGGGGGACAGCAUCCUCACGGUGACGCCCGCCGCCGCCAUCCUGAGGGCCGAGGCCGAGAAGAUCCGUCAGUACGGCGACCACCGCCACUCCUAUCCCGACACUCAGAUCGAGGAGCUGGAGGGACCCGACGGCAUCAGGUCGCCCAUGCUGGAGCCUCUUUCGCACUCCCGCUCCAGAGACUUGGCUUAUUCCCAACUGCCGGCUCAGUACCACAACCUGAGCUACUCUUCUAGUCCAGAGUACUACUGCAAACCUUCACACAACAUCUGGGAGCGGUUCAAACUCCACCGAAAACGUCACAAAGAUGACGAAUACAUGGCGGCUGGCCACGCGCUCCGCAAGAAGGUGCAGUUUGCAAAAGAUGAGGACCUGCAUGAUAUUUUGGACUACUGGAAAGGCGUGUCAGCCCAGCAUAAAUCAUAACCUCCUUAGAUCUUUUUUUUUUUUUUUUUUAAUGGACCACACCUUACAGAAAUGACUUUCGAUCUUUCGUGGAUUGUUUCAUGCUCAAAAUCACAUAUGUAUCACAUUCUCUUUUGACUGUGAGGGGGAAAUGGGAUUGUUUAAUAUUUGUCAUAUUGUGUAAAGAAUUCACAGAGUGGGGAAAUUUUAAUCUAUUCAUGAGAAAAUAUAUUGCUAAAUAAUUAUAUAUAUAUGUUACAAUGGAUUGUCGGUUUUUGGGUAUCGCAUGGCCAAGUCCUGUGAAAGUGGAUUUGCUGUUGUGUAAAAUGAAACUACUCUAUGAAAUUAUGUUUACUGGAACCUCAAUAUUUUGUUGAUCUGGACUCUUUUUUUUUUUUUUUUAAACCCUGCAUAUAUUUCGAUUAUAUCCUACAUAAACUAUGUACAGAUUCAGUCGUUUUUAUUUAUACGCUGUUUUGCUGGGAUAUAUUUGAUGAAUCAGGUUUAAAGUCGUACAGCUAAGUCUGUAAGUAAAGAUAAGCAUGCCCCUAUUAAUAACAUCCAAACUUUUUUUUAAUAUUUUUGUUUUCUUUGAGACUUUUACAAGUAUUUGUACAUUUCUUUUUUUUCUUCUUCUAUAUAUCAGUCUUAAGCCGUUUCAUGUACGAAAGUCUCAUUCAUCAGGCAUUUCUAUUUUUAUGACCAAAGUAGAAAAACUGUUUACAAUAUUCCUGCACGGUCUGGGAAUGGUAUGCGCAUUUUUGUUUUUUUUUUAUAUUUGCAAUGAGUUGCUCCUGGAAAUAACAUAUUGAGGUAGAGGGAAAUCAAAUUGAAGCGUACACUUUUGGAAGACGAAAUGAUCAUAUUUGAAGAGGAAGCAGAAGGACUGCGAAAGCGUUUCCCUGCUACAGCGAACCUGAUGGAUGAAUGUAACAUACAAAAACUCUGACGUGUCUAUGGCAGCUUUUAUGUAUAUUUUACAGGAAGUAUUUAUUCAUAGCGAUGAAGAAAUGUUUUGAUUUCCUUGCUUCCGGUGUACUAUAAUGAUCUGACGUGAUGAACACGGGGAAAAGUAAGUAAGUUACUCCAAUGGGCCUUGUUGCUUGCUGAGAGGUUUCGUCUUCAUUUGAUUAAACCGCAAGACUGUUUUGUGUUUUUGUAUAUUUGCGGAUGUUAGUUACCCCGAUGGACGACGAAGAACACGCUACAGUCAACACUUGAGAAUGUGAAGUAAAGAAGAAAAAAAAAAAACCAGACUCCUCUGACUUACUGGCUGUGAAUUUGUAUAUUAUGAAUUUUUGGCAGUAAAUUUGAAAACUUAACACGUCAAAAGGAUGUUUACAGAGCUCACUCCACACGGGCUCAUGGGGGUGGGAUUCAUUGUAUAUUUAUGAAUGAGCGAUACAUAAAUGAAUGUCCGCUUGGUGACACAAUAGUUUAGUUUAGCUUCACAUAACUCCAUGGCCGCACAAAAAAAAAAUAAUAAUAGUUGGUGAUGUGCAUCAUUAUGACUCAUAUUUUCAACCAACUAGGUCAUUUUGGACACCCUUGUUUUAAAGUUGUCGUCUUUAUAAAUUAAUUAAAAGGUCUCUCCAUUUGUAAGUAUGUGAAAUUAAUCAAGUAUUACUUAGUUGUGAGAGUACAUAUAUGUUUAGAGAAAAUCAAUUACUGAGCAAAGGGAUGAAGAGUUUAAUCUGUGUUUUGGAUUAUCGCUCCAAUCAAUGACUCUGCUUGACAUACUCUCUUAAAUGUUUGUGUGUGUGCUUUAUCCAUUCAUGUGAAAUGAACCAUCCAUGAGCCCAACGUGGUUGUGUUACGUAAGCACCUCGUGACACGUUUAGCCUGACUUAAUAUUUCAACCGCCUUAAGAAUUUUUUAGAUAUCUUGUGUACAACUGUAAAUUUCCUUUGUUUCAUUUCCAGCAUUGAUACUGUUUGAUGACACCAUUUUUUAUUUGUAUUUUUUUUAAUUUAAAAAAUAUCUUUUCAGUAUACAACGAGAGCUACAGGAGAUUUCUAGUUCAUUUAGCUACUUAGCAAUGUGUUUUUCUACUGCAUAUUGUAGCACUUGUGUAUUAUAACGAGUUUAAAGUGGUGACAAAAAUCUUUAGAAAGAUCAACAGUUGUUCAAGUGCAUCAAAAACAAACAAGAGCACAAAAUAUGUCUUUGGUUGUUUUCUUUUCUUUUCUUUUCUUUCCUUAAUACUAUGUAAUCUGCUUUCAGACAAAGUACUGUGAAAUAAAGUUAAGGGUGCACA